AUGCUUGAUAGUCGCCUCAAGAUCGUCGCUGCAGCUAAUCACAUCAUGAAUGAGGAUCCCGGCGCAUGUUUACCUACGAUAACCAUCGAGGACGAUGAUGUGUCUCUGUGGUGCUUCUCUAGAUCACAUUCAGCAAAAUCGCAUCACGUUGGAUGUUUCGCUGACCUGAAGACUUUUGUCUCUGUCCUCCUCUCUUUUAUUUUUGCGACGGAAACCGAGGUCGGCUUCGACCUGACCAUCUCUCGCCUCUCUCCGGUCUCCUACGUCUACCAAGUUAGCGAUCGGUUCUUCAAGACAAUUCGCAUGAUUUCGGAAUACCGGCCAUUAUGCAUAGCUGACCGCAUGACACGCGUUUGGGAGGCAGUAGAGGUGGCGUCAUUCAACGACCCGACGCCCAAGCGUAACGCGCAUCCUAUAGCGCUCAAGGAUGUCUGGCUAGAUGCAUCAGCCCAGACGGAAAAAGAGAUACAAUCAGCCCUUUUCAGCGACCUGGAGGAGUUCGGAUAG